GCGCACACACACACACACACACACAACGAUAUAACUAAGAAUAUUACAUGAUUUACACAAAGCAGGAAGUCUUAAUAUUAUUAUUAUUUAAUAUCUUUUUUAUGCAUUCAAUGUUUACAGUAUUUUCAAUUAUGAUAUAUAGAAAUUAUGGAUAAAAUUCAGUGUACAUUUCAAAAUGCUAAAUCAAAAGAAGAGCAGGGAAAUAAUUUGAUUAAAAAAGAAGAAAUAAUUGAUAAAUGCGCAGAACUUGAUCAUGAUGAAUUAGUCAAGCUAACAAAAGGAGCAAUUCGUAAUAUAAUUGAAAGUGAUCCGUUACUUUCUGGUCUACCGGCGGAUGUUACUAUCGAGGAACUCAAAGCUCAAAUUGCAGUUGCACAAGGACAAGCGAUAACUUUGUAUUUGAAUCGUGGAGAAUUGCCAAAACUUGGAAUUGUGGUACCCCCUCACCACACUACAGUCCUAGAUCUCAAGAAAGCUAUAAAACGACAUACAAAUUUAUCUCUGAAGAGAGAGAAAGUCAAAAAGAAGAUAAGUUGGAAACAUAUUUGGAAAAAGUAUCAUCUAUGUUUUGAGAAUGUUAGAUUAAUAGAUGACAAUGAAAAUAUAAAAGCUUAUGGAAUCACAAACAAAGUAGAAUUACAUUAUGUAAAAAGACGUAGAGAAAAAAACAAAUUGAUAAAACACUCUUAGUUUUUGCGUAAAACGUGUAAACAUUUGUAUUGUGGUUGUUGAAUUUCACAUUUUAGAUAUGGAUUGACAUCUUCUAA